CGGUGGUUGACUGUACUGGUCAGCAAGUGGAGGAUGUAAACAAAGUGCACGUGCUCGAGACGUGACCAGCGUUGCAUUUAUGCAUUGUGCAAAUAUGACCAGCUGGAUGUCAUUGUAUUGUUACUUGUGUACACAUGUACAGUAUAGUGCAAAGUGUAAUCAUGGUGGAUAGCCCGUUAUAUUUAAUGAGGGUUGCAUGUACAGUAGGCUACAUGUAACUCGAACUUCCUGUGGUGGGCCUAGUUUGUUCUUUAAAAAAGUCCAAACAUCUAGGGGCACUGCUGCUGGACUCUCAGUUUAUCAGAGCUGAGGGGUACUUUCCAGGUAAAUGCUAAUCUGAAAGCAUAUUUCAGGCAGCCACCAAUCAAGCAUGAGGUCAAGAUUACUUCAGCUCCGCUCACAGGUCACCCCCAUCCUGAGUGGCUUAAGACACCGCCCAAUUCAUUAUCAGACGGAUUCCUCUGGGAUCAAACUCAGUGAGACUGCCAACAGCCACUAUAUGGACCAACGUCGUAACACUGCCCUCGCAAAUGAGUUUGUGCCCAGUGAAGUCUUUAACGAGCGAGUGGAACGACUCAAUCUCAAAGAGCUGAAUGGGGGCAGUCUUCGCCUCAGUAAGAAUGACGUGACUGGCCUGGCUACCAUCACCAUCAGCAACGUGACAAAUGCUAACGCCAUGUCUGGCUCUAUGAUGGUAGAUUUGUCUGACAUAGUAGCCGACUUGGAGAAAUGGCAGAGAGGUAAGGCUGUUAUACUGCAUGGAGACCCUGAAGGUAAGAAUUUCUGCUCUGGUGCUGACUUGAAGACGACAGAAGCUCUGAGCAGUCCACAAGCAGGUGUAGUCAUGUGUUUAUUCAUGCAGAACAUCUUGACGAGAUUACAGCAGCUUCCACUAAUCAGUGUAGCAGCAGUGAGUGGUAGUGCUGUUGGUGGAGGGGCUGAGAUUAUCACAGCCUGCGAUUUUCGUUUGGUAUCUCCUUCAUCAGUUAUCCAAUUCAUCCACUGUAAGAUGGGUUUGUCACCAGGCUGGGGCGGUGGCACUAGACUGGUGCGGUUAGUUGGACCCCAGAAGGCACUGAAACUGUUAGCCGGUGGAGAGUCGAUCCGAGCAACAGAGUCUUUGGGACUCGGCUUGGCUGAUGACCUCAUCCAGGGUGAUGAUAUCAUCAAGCAAGCAUCUGAUUGGCUGGACAAAUACACAAGUCAACCAGUAGAAGUCGUGCGGGCAAUGAAGAAUGUUGUGACGGCAGCGUCACAGUUGCCUCCAGAUAAGGCAUUGUCAAAGGAGAAGGAUAUUUUUGGAGGGUUAUGGAAAGGUCCAGCAAACAAAGAAGCCCUCGCAAGGGCACUGUCUAAAAAGCGAAGAAAAUAAUCGAGAUACUCAUUGCAACCAAAAGAUGUCACCUGCAAGGAACCACUUGUUAGAACUCCAGAUACAUGUAAAAGGUCUGAAAUUCUCAGCUCAAUUUCUUGUGGGGAAUUGAGUUGUUUUCCAAAGAGAUUUGCAGAUCACUCGGCAUAUUUAGACAUUGUUGUUCAUCUUGACAGAUGUACAUGUAAACAUGGACUUCUUUGAUUUUGCUUAUUAUAAUGCAUGUAUUUUGAGCCAUUCUAAAAUCAUAGAAAUGUGAAAUUUAUUUGUCUUGUGAGCUGCAGUUGUUUUUAGUUUGCACAUGAAAGGUGAAUGCUGCCCUCUAUUGAUGAGGCAUAUUCAGCAACUCAUAUGUGGGCCAGGUGUAUGUUACUGCAUGAUCACGAGUAUUUAUUUUUAUUAAAAUGGUUUAUUUAUAAACUUUCUUCGUGGCCAAGGGCCGAAUUACAAAUGUUUUUACAUUUAAAGAUAGAUACAACCAUUAAAACAUUUUGUUAAAACUACAUGUACAAUAAAUAUGGAGUUGCGUGUCCACAUAAAAAAUAUUAGUUCUUUUACAUUAUAUGAAUUGCUGACAUUGUGACUGACAUUUAAUGACUCCAUAAAAAGUCUUCAAAUUAGUACAACAAAUGAUCAUAAAUUCAAAAAGUUGUUUUAGAAUAGUUGAGGGACAUUUUUGCCAGGAAAAAACAUUUGGAAACAAAUCCAAAUGUUUAAUAUGCAAGAGCACAAUAAUGACGGCAUUCAGAAAUGUGAAUAUGAUUUAAAAACCUGCUCGGCUGUGAUGUCGUAGACAUUUUAUUUUAAUCAAAGCUUUGCAUUCAUGAUGUCAGCAUGAGUUGAUUGCUUAAAAUGAUCUCUAAUAUGAAGUAAUUAAUAAUUACUGCAGACAAAAGUAAAAUUUAACUAGUUUAAUUUGAAACAGAUUAUUCAGAAACAAACCAAUACCUCCCGAUAUGCAUGCAUAUUGUUGAAAUUAUAAGGAAGAAAUUGUGACCAUUUUUGGUGAUAAAAUUGCAUGGAAAAUGUUUUCUGGUGUUUUUAAUGACUGCUUCGUUUCACUUUCUUGUCAUACGGCAGAGCCCUUUAUCUUAAGUUGGAACUUUAACAUGUGGGGUAAGGGAAUUUAUAAAUGUAAAAGGUUGUUGUGAUUUCUUCAAUAGAUUCUCAUCUGAAAUUCUCAGAUGAUUCUCUAAAGUGAUUGUUUACUCGGUUUAUUGAGGUGAAGAUUCAUAAGUGUGUUUAAUGUAGAAAAGACGUGCUAAACUUAAUUCUAAAUUUAUUAAAAAGAGAAAUGUAUGAUUGUACAGUAUGAAAAAUGACUGCAAAACUCCAGCCACUAUAGAGCUGUUCAAUUCAUCUUAAAUUGGAUACGUGUAUGUGGAAACAACCUAUAUCAGCAGUGCCAAAAUAUUGAAUAUUAUUCAACGGACCUCAAGAAAUCUGUUUAAUAUGCAGAAAUAAUGACCAACAUGUACCGGUACCAUAACCCCACUUGUUCAUAAAUUUACCUAAUGAUUAAUUUUAUACAGACAUACAUGUAAGCAUACUUUGCACGCACCAACUUAAAUGAGAGUUUCCCAGGUUUCCCUUUGUACCUCACUCCUGGUUUUGAUCAGAGAAAUUUUAAAUCAGGGAUCAUUGCAAAAGUCUAAGGGCAUUCAAUUUGCAUAAUUUGUAAAUAAUAAAUAGUAUGAUCUUUGUAACCCCUUGCAUAGAUCGCACUGUGUGGAGAAAAUUGUAAUUAAUUGUUGUAAUUAGUAAAGUAAUCAUAAUUAUAAUCAGAAGAUUGCUAGACUUACUGUCACUAGACUAGUUUGGAUGGGGCACUGUUUGAGGCCUCUUUUUACUCGUGCAUUUUGUCAAAGAUGCCAAUACCUUUUGUUUUUACUUUACUAAUCUCCCACUUUUGUUGGUGUUGGGUGUGUGGAAGUGCCCCUCAUUGAUUGUAUGUAGUCUGCAUUCCUUCUCUUGUAAGCAUCUUACUCAGAAUACGCAGGUGAUUGUCAGGAAUUUACAACAUACAUUUACAUUCAAUAUGUACAUCUCUUUUUCGAAGGAGGGGCUUAAAAGUUCAUUUUUACCUGCAAGUGCAUAUCCAAGGUGGUACAGUAUGCCCCUACAAGCCACAUAUGAAUCUAUGGGUUCCGGGAAGAUCCUGAAAAAAAGUUGUCCUGGAAAGUCACAGAAGAGUCAUGGAAAAGUUGAACAAAUUAGGGUGUUUUGGAAUCCUGUUGUCAGAGGAGAGAGUCAUGGAAAAGCCAUGGAAACCAGGUUCACGCAAGGGUAAUUUUUGAUGGGUGCUUUUGAUGUGAUUGUGGAAUGCUAAUAUUUAGGAAGUUUCUUACUGUACAUGUAACUUAACAACACUUUGUGUGAACUUCAUGGCAUUGUUCACCUGUUGAGGAGUCAAGUUGGUGAAGUGGCUCUUUCCUCAUGUUCUGCCUUUACGACGUGGGUUCGCGUCCCAUCUAGGUCAGCAUGGUUCCCUGGGUUUUCCCUGGAAUAUUCAUUCUGGGUUUUCCUCCCACCCCUAAAACUGAACAUUUCACAAGUGUCUUCUUCCUGUAAUUGGCGCUAAAUAUACUGUUAAAUGAACAGAAAUAAAUUUGUAAAAAAUUCACUAAGCAUUUGUCAUGAUUGUCAACCCAAAGCCGGGGUGAAAUCGCCGUCUUUUUUGUGUGUUUUCAAUAGUUGGAAUGUUAAACUUGUGUUUAAUUAGUUACAUUAAUUUGUAUUGUAGUGUGAUAUUUGGUACUUUUUCUUUCAAGAUAUUCUUUAAAAUUGAUUAUUUUAUUACCUCAGAGAAACAUUCAGUAUGUUGAGUUUCAGGCAGAUUUUUAGCCAGCAUGAAAGUGUUUUUCUGGUGACUUCAUCACAAUGUAUGCUGCUGAGUGUUAGUUAGUUUACCAAUGAUUAAAAUGAGAAUUUCAGACAACUGGCAUGACAAUAUGAUACUGAACUUUAUUGUACCAGAUUUCAUCUUUUUGACUCACCUUCUGAGAGUUGACAACAGAAAGUAAAGUUCUUGAAAAUUCAA